GGUUUUGCAUUGUCGAACUCAUCUAUCUCUCUCCAAUCUCAAUCUCAAUCUCAAUCAAAACCCACGAAAGAUUCAAACUUUCUGCUCCAGAGGGUCUCUGAAUCAAUACCCAGAAACAUUUGAUUCGUGAAUGGCGAGCCUGUAUGUGAAAGCUGUGCCUCCUGCGGAUCUGAAUAGGAACACAGAGUGGUUCAUGUACCCUGGAGUUUGGACCACCUAUAUUCUCAUCCUCUUCUUCUCUUGGCUUCUUGUGCUCUCGAUCUUUGGCUGCUCUCCUGGCAUGGCUUGGACGAUAGUCAAUCUCUCUCAUUUCGUGGUAACUUAUCAAUUCUUCCACUGGAAAAAAGGAACUCCCUUUGCCGAAGACCAGGGGAUCUACAAUGGAUUGACAUGGUGGGAGCAGAUGGAUAAUGGGAAGCAGCUCACCCGCAACAGGAAGUUUUUGACAGUUGUUCCCGUGGUGCUGUACUUAAUUGCCUCACACACAACUGACUACCAGCACCCGAUGCUCUUUCUCAACACUCUUGCGGUCAUUGUUUUAGUGAUUGCCAAAUUCCCCAAUAUGCACAAAGUCCGAAUUUUUGGAAUAAAUGGAGAUAAGUGAGUGGGCUUUACAUUUGGGUUUGACAUGUUCAAAAGGCGCAUAUCAUUUCCCUGUUCUUGAUGAACAGCUACUUUGUAUAGAAUUAGAACUGGAGGGAUGCUCACAUAUAUAAUGUUUUUUUUUUGCUUUACUGCUUUUCCAGCUGUGCCUCCUAGAUGUUGAAAGAAUAAUUGUAUUUGAGUUAUUUGUACAGUAGCGAAGUUUUAAUGUAUCUUGGUCACCACUUUGCUUUAUAAUCGAGCAGAUCACAUAUUUUGAC